AGUGCGUGUAAUGAGUUAUGAAUUUCACAGAUCUGUAGAGGAAAAACAAUUUAUUUAUUAUUACUUUUGUCAGUAACUAAAGCUUGAAUUAACAAAUGAAAAUAUGACAACCAAAAAAUCAAGUAAUUUUGCAACGUCGUAUUUGAAGGGUUAUAAUCUGGCACAAGUUUUUGGGUGGAGUUAUAUACUUUAUAAAUUUAUAACAAAUGAUUUUUCAUCUACAUCAGAAGCACAUUUAUGGCAAAAUAUUAAGUGGCCAGUUAUUAUUUUUCAACAUGCUGCAGCUCUAGAGAUAUUUCAUACGGUGCUUGGUUUAGUUAAAUCAAAUCCUGUAUUGACAACUUUUCAAGUAUUAAGUCGUGUUAUAAUUGUAAGUGGUGCAUUCCUGGCAACUCCAAAUAACUAUGCUGUGUCAUCUUCUGGUAUGCCAUUGGCCAUUUUAGCAUGGUCAAUAACAGAAAUAAUUAGAUAUUUAUUUUACUUCCUGAAUCUCAUCAGGUAUACAUUAUUUAUUGUAUUAUAUCCAAUUGGUAUAACUGGAGAAUUGUUGUGCUUAUAUUCAGCUACAAAGUAUGCAAGUUCACAUCCAGAUGCCUGGAGCUAUAGGCUUCCUAACACAUGGAAUUUCAUAUUUAGCUAUUACUCUAUACUUGUAAUUAUCAUGUUAUCAUACAUUCCUCUCUUUCCACAAUUAUAUUGUCACAUGGUUGCUCAAAGGCGUAAGGUUUUAGGAAGUGAUGCAUCUAAGAAAGCUCAAUAAUACAAAUCAA